CGUUCAAUGCUGCUUCGGCUGCGUACGAAGAAGUCUUGUACAACCCCUCUCCUAUCCAAUGUCAAACGGGCCUUGGCAGGGACUUCACCUCUGCACCACCUCGUCACCGUCGUUGCAUCUCCCCAGGUCCUUGCUUUUCUCCUGAUAUAGAACAUCGUGAUUGCUGUUUAUUCUUACAUCCAUCGUGCUCUCACUCCUGCUUGCGAGUCGGGCGCAGCUUCGCCCGAGUGUCCUUACUGCCUGCCCGAUCGAACGGAUCAGUGGAUGCGGACGCCGCCAGUACCAAUGGCUCGACAAGGAUCGACGGCACACAUGCGCAGAGGAAUCUUCCUCUCUUUCGACUCUGUUCAUCUUUCUCACAGCCUGAGGUGACAAUCGCUUGUCAAGCCUUUCCUCCGAGUCUGCGAUCUCGUCGCAUCCCAACAUCAAGCACAAUCGAAACAUUCGGAUGGCUCCCCCUCCAUACAGGGCAGAGCCUGGCCAUUGGUUCCUCCGAGGCGUCCAGUCCGCCAUAUUCUACUACGUUGCCUGCACACCAUGUCUCGAAUAUCAACACAAGCGGAAGAGGAGGCAAGAGGCCAGGGCAGUACAAGCCGCGCAAGCAGAAAUUGUCACAACCCAACCAGGCAUUAUAAGACAACCCGGCCCCUUUCAGACAAAUGAGACAUGGGCCGAAGAGAUGAUGCUGGGUCCUGGACCACCCAAAGGCUGGAAAAGCGAUAAGUUGCUAGAGACUCUGCGAAAGAAGACUUCAAAAGAGCCACAAGAAUUGGGUGGGGUGCCGAUAUCUCCUGAAACAACACAACUACCAACCCAUCUUGCAGCUUCUCCGGGACGCUCUACGCAAGUAAUACCUCCUUCGCCAGCAACAACAACCUCUUCAUCCAGUAAUACGGACUCUGCCACAUCCGAAACCCAUUCUUCAAACCAUGAUAAACCUACCACCGCCCCAGUCAGGCCGCGAGCAGCAGAGCGGUCAUUGUCGAAUGCAAUGGAGAACAUCAAAGACUCCUUAAGGUCGACUCUACAUCCGGAGAAGUGGAAUUGGAAAAGAUAUGACCGUGAAGAUGAGAUUCUAACGGGCUUCGGCGAGAAAGUGACUAGGAUGUGGAAUCGAGCAACCUCAGGACCAUAUCAUGAAGGUGUCGAAGUCCCAGAACCCUCCUAUCAGAGGAAACGUGCUGCUACGAAUGAGACCGAUCGAUAUGACUAUAGUCGAGCAAGACAUCCGGAGGUCAACGACAUGCAUCCUCCAAUAGUGUCACAACUACCUGCUACACGGGAAGAGGUGGCUUGGAUGUUGCUGCCAGCUCCAAGUGCAGCGGUCAUGGCAGGGAAGAAGAGGCCAGGAGCAGAGACAGAAAUGCGACGGCCUCUAUGUGUCAUUGGCACACCGGAGAAGCGCCCUCAACUUAAGAUGUCGAUGUCGAUGACUCGAUCUACCCAACAAGUUGACGAACAAGAUUUCUUUAUGAGUGAUGCAGGAAGUGUGGAGAGCAUAGAGGUGGAGGAUGACAUACCUUAUCAACGCGAAAACAGCAUCAGCACAGCCGGCGCCUCACGCAUGAAACAUCACUCGGACCCAAUUAGCAUGCCAUCACCACUACAUCCACGGACGUCGAUUGCAGGUGAUCUGUUCAUGCCCAAGAGACGAGAUUCAUGGCAAUUCCAGCAGUUUCACUAUGUCGUUCCUCCAACUCCAAAUCAGACAAUGUGCUGAAGAGACAUGCCACCCUUUUUUCAAGCAC